AUGGAGCAGCUUAACCUAUCUGAUGUUUCCCUUUUGGAAAUACAAAAUGAUGGAGAAACAACAACGGGAGAUGGCGAUGGUUUUGGCAAAUGUGUUAUAGCUCUCUACUGCCUGAUCAGCAUGCUUGGUAUCACUGGUAACUUACUGGUUGCCAUCGUACUCCUCCGUGUGCCGUCCCUGCGGUCUAAUACCAGUGAUUUCUUGGUGCAUCUCUCCAUUGUAGAUUUCACGAUCUGUGCUCUGGUCAUUCCGUAUUUCCUAGCACCUAAGCCAAACCCUACUCCGAACCCUGGGUUUUUAGGUGUGGUGUGGUGUCGACUUUACAAGUCCGAGUUCCCGUUUUGGCUCUUCACGAUGACGUCAGUCUUGGGUUUGACUGCGGUCAAUUUGGAGCGCUAUGUAGCCAUCGUCUACCCACACAAAUACAAGACAGUGUUCUCUAAACAAAAUAAAUAUGCAGUUAUUGCUGUCUGCUGGAUGCUUGGAGGUAUUACAAAGUUACAACAUGUGAUUUUGUACGAAGAAGAUGAAGUUAUUGGUUGUCACCGAGACGGCUGGUCUAGCGGGGGAGCCCAGGCGGUAUUUGGGUUGUACACUUUCACUGUCAGCUUCUUUGCUCCAUUCAUUGUGAUGAUUCUUGCACAAGUGAAAGUUAUCUCGACGCUGAACAGACAAGUGAAGGUGUUAACUGCUCGAACAGCCACUUCAGGUUUAAAUCCAAGCGACCAGCGUGAGAUGUGGCAGCUCCGAGCCUCCCAAACCCUGGUGAAGACACUCCUGGCCUGCGUCAUCACAUUCGGUGUAUGCUGGACUCCAAGUCAUAUCUGGUUCCUGCUCUUCAACUUCGGUGUUCCAAUGGCCCCAGGUCGCCCUCCCCAUCGUCUGACUAUUAUCUUAGCCGUUGGUAACUCCUGUGUGAAUCCAGUCAUUUACACAAUGACCAACAAGCCGUUCCGUAAAGGGAUCAGGGAGCUGUUUUCUAAGCAGUGGGGUUCGAACCAGGUGGUUGACGGUGUAGCGACCGGCACUGCGUCUGAGACCAUUUCGGUUUAA